AUGUCGAAAAUAGUUCUACCGAUUUUUGCUCUUGUGAUGUGUUCAAUCACAGGCCAAACGUUAGCAACCGACGAUUGGUGGGAAUAUGCACACUUUUACCAGGUUUAUCCCCGUUCAUUCCAAGACAGUGACGGCGAUGGUGUUGGAGAUUUGAAUGGAAUCACAUCGAGACUAAAUCAUUUCAAAAACAUUGGAGUGACCGGAAUAUGGUUGUCGCCGAUUUUCAAAUCGCCAAUGAAAGAUUUCGGCUACGAUAUCUCCGACUAUAGAGAAAUUCAACCGGAGUACGGAACAAUGGAAGAUUUUGAACAAUUGGCGCAGCGAUGCAAGGAAUUGGAUAUAAAACUCAUUUUGGAUUUCGUACCAAAUCACAGUAGCGACCAACAUGAGUGGUUCCAAAAGUCAUCCAACCCAAACCAUCCUGAAUACGAAAAAUACAAAGAUUAUUACGUUUGGAACAAAGGGAAAUUAUUGGAAAAUGGAACGAGGAUACCACCGAGCAAUUGGGUUGCUGUUUUCCGGAGCAGCGCAUGGCAAUGGUCGGAAAGC